AUGGCUCUAAUUUCAAAGAACAAAGUAUCAUUUGUGAAUGGUACGAUUUUGGCUCCAGAUGCAGCAGAUCCGCGUUUUCCAGUUUGGGAGAGGUGCAAUACCAUGGUCCUUUCAUGGCUGCAUCGUUCGAUUUCUAGUUCCAUAUCUCAAUCCAUUCUGCGGAUGGAUAAAGCAUAUGAUGUAUGGAAAGACCUCAAGGAGAGGUUUUCUCAGUCUGAUAUUUUUAGAAUAUCAGAUUUACAAGAUGACAUUUAUCGUUUACAUCAAGGAGAUAGCUCAAUCUCUGAUUACUUUACUCGACUCAAAAUUCUUUGGUAUGAAUUGGAAGCACUGCAACCAAUGCCUACUUGCAAAUGUGUUCAUCCAUGCUGUUCAAUUGCAGUGGAGGUUAAGAACAUAAAAGAGAGAGAAUAUUUAAUUCGCUUUCUCAAGGAACUCAAUGACCAAUUUUCUCAUGUGAGGUCCCAGAUUAUGCUGAUGGAUCCACUCCCGUCUGUCAACCGAGUUUUUUUCCCCUUGUUGCACAGCAAGAAAGGCAAUUGCAGAUUGAAGGUUCAAGAAAGAGGACGUGUGCAAAAUCGUGGAAGGGGAAGAGGAUUCUCUGGUGGACAUGGAAGAGGAUCUAGGCUCUGUACCUACUAUGGAAAGACCAGCCACGCAGUAGAGACAUGCUUUGAGAAGCAUGGCUAUCUUCCUGGAUAUAAGCAAAGGAACCCUGUACACAAGAUCAAUGCAGCUGUGAGUGAAGGUGUUAGUCCAAUUGACAAUGCUGGACAAGCUGAUACAAAGGAGAAUUUCACUAAAAGUCAAUAUCAAAUCAUCAUGGAAAUGAUACAGCAAACGAUGUAA